GUGAAGUACGAGAUGAAUUUGAAGAUAACACAAAACAAGCAAAGGGUCCACCAUCCACUGGCUCCAGUGAUGACAAUGAUGAGCAGCUUUAUUGUGUCUGCAGAUGGCCUAAUAGCCCAGAAAAGCCCAUGGCACAGUGCAGUCAAUGCAAAGACUGGUUUCACCCAACAUGUGUUGGAUGUAAAGACAUUGAGGAUAUUGCUGUUAUUUCACCCUGGCUCUGUCCAAACUGCACAACACGACAGACAGAAAAAACAACACUGAAAAAGACUAAACUGUCAUUUAUACUAAGGAACAAUGAUUGUGAACAAACAGGACGAGACAAUAUUGACAUAACAAAACAAAAAAAUGACAAUGAAGACACUCGCCAAACAAAACAAUGUGAUGAGCCUGAACACAAUCCCUCCCAAUCUCAGUUUACAAUAACACUAAAAAGAGAGGAGUGGGAAAUGAUAAAGCCUAAUGUAAGACAAGGGUUUAGGCAUCUUAGUCAAGGAUGGACAGACAUCAUUUCUGAAAAAGUAGGUGAAAAAAUGCACUGUGUUUUGUCAUUUAAAUACAACAGGGUAAGGCCAGAAACAUCUAGAAAGCAGUGGUCACCAUUCUGGCACGGAAAGGCGCAUUGCAAGUUCCAUGGUUGUGCAUCCUUCCAAUUUUACAUAUAUAAGAAACCAACAACAGAUGAAUCCACAGUAUCAGUUUCUGUCAGUGUGUCUGGAACAAUUGAUCAUUCGGGAACAGCAUUUUUAAGGAGGUGCACAAGUAACUUGGAGAGGGAAACUCUCAAACAGAUGCUUGGUGAACACACACCUAUGCAUUUACACACUAAAAAACUGGCAGCUGCAGAUGAGGAAAAGCUGCUAAUGGGCAAUUCAAAUCAGAGCAGCAAAAUUGCAAAGGCUAAGUGCACCAAAGAAACAAAAGCCUUUUUUCUGCAUUUGUUUGCACUAGUGCAAAAUGCCACCACACUGGCUGAAAUCCAAUCUUUGUUGAAAGACAUGUGCACAGUAUUUACUCAAAGAGAUGCUUUGUCCAUACUUGAUGGUCUGAAGGCACUGCAGACAAAAAUACAAAACCAGACUGUCUUUGCUGAUGUUGAUGCUGAUUGGAGUGAAACCCCUCUGAAAGACCUAAUUCCAGAAACAACUCCAAAGACAAUCAUUCAUGACUCCCCGUUUGCUAAACUAUUUGAGAAAACAUUACUGGAGGCACAGAAUGGACAAGACACUGAGGCAGCUCAAGUGAAUCACUAUUACUGUCCAACCUUGAUUGACAUUUUGAAGCCAUACUUGGCAACAUUGCCAUUAUGGACUGGCAUUAUGUUAAAACAUCUAGGGAAAACAAGAGAUACAAAUUCUCAGGUUGAAAAUUGGUUCCGAACCACAAAGAGAAUUAUUCUCAGAAACAAACUCCACAGAAGACCUGGAGAUUUUGUACAAAUUAUGUAUAAAUUCAUAUAUGGUAGAAUGCGUGGUGUGAGUGUUUCUGCAGCUCACCAAAAGAGAGUAAUUGAAAAUGAAACUGAGACCUGCAACUCUGAACUACCCCUGAGCCAGGAGGAGAAAUGGAAGAAAGGCAGACAGAAAAAAAAAGCAAAAUCCUACAACCCACCAUCAAACAUGUCUGGCCUAGAAAGCAUUUACAUUGCCCCUCUAUGGUCUGGGAGGGGACAGAUAGCAAGAAGAACAAUAGCACUAUCAAACACGUGCACAACUGACAACCUGCUAUAUUUCAUUUUUCUAGCUAUGAAGAACAGACCUUCACUUUUGAGUGCUAUUGAGAACAAGCAGGCCCUUGAUAAAUGCUUCAAGGCAUUACUGAAGGUGCAUCAGCAUUUCCUGUUACGACAGUGGUCCCAGGGAAAAAUUUCUUGGCUGUGGGAAACAUCUAAAUAUUUCCGUGAAAAAUGGCAGCAGUGGGAUCUAUAUGGAACCGAAGCCGAGUUCAUGACAUCCCAUCUGCAGUACUUGCACAGUACCACAAGACAACCCAGUUAAAGAGUACCCAGAUGACACCAUUGCUGUCCUGUAAAGUGUCUAAUGAAUUGCAAAUGUACUGUCUACAUCACUGUAUCAACAUUUCUCAUUUAAUCAUUUAAUUUAUUAUUACAGAUGCAGUGACUUCUCAAAAUUCCAAGAGUCAAUCGAAAAGUGGUGUUGGAGAAGUCACAGAUUUCCAUGCAAAGAAUUGAGGCAAGACUCAUUAUGUCCAGGUAAAAGGACAUACACUCAGUGCAAAUUUACAAAUGGAAGUCCUCCUUUUAUGAUUGUGGUGUAAGGAACCCCGCAUCGGCCCAAAAACGGACUCCGACACGCCUGGGCGAAGGUUAACGCGUGUAUGCCUUUUCAGCGUCUCUAUUAAGUUCACUUAAUUUCACUCGCUUAAUCUGACUCCAAUUUCAAAUGAUUAUUACUCUUAGGUUGUGUUUCCAAUUAGAAAUUAAUCAUUUGUUAUGUAUUAAUUUAGAUAUUCGAUUAUUCUGAUUACCUUAUAUCUUCAAUUAUUUCGUUCACUGCAGUCCCGGUAUCGCUUUAGAAGAGUUACUUCGGCCGAUUUGAGCACUCUUCCCGGACACAAACUCGUCAGUCUGACCUUAAACAUUGGAUGCAGGGUAAAUAUCUACCUUUAAGUCGGUCGCGCUCUGCUUACUCGUAACAAAAAGCAUAGUUUUGAUAUAUUUACGAAAACUGCAACUUAUUUAAGGCAGUGAUUGUCAGAAAUCGAAAUGGACU